AUGAACCCAGUCUAUGUGGCAGGUAGUAAUGGGUACGGUGAGAAGAGAUCUAGGGAUCUCUGGGUAGACUUAAGAAGUGUUGAAGAAGCACCCCUUUCUGGUAACUACCUUCCACCAUCGACGAGCUACGGUACACCAAAUCUAGGAGGAGGCGGUGGAAGCUUCGGUGGUAGUAGUGGUGGUUUUGGUGGUAAUGGAUUUGCUGGUGGCCCACCGUCGGGUAACUAUGGACCUCCAUCGCAGGGAGGUGGAGGUGUCAGACCUUCAUCAAACUAUGGAACACCAUCCUUGGGAGGUGGUUACCCCAGUGGCGCCCCUCCCUCCAACAAUUAUGGACCUCCAUCAGGUGGUGGUGGCCCACCUUCAAACAGUUAUGGAACCCCAUCAUUUGGCGGUGGUGGUCCACCCUCCAACAGUUAUGGAACCCCAUCAUUUGGCGGUAGCACACCCUCAAACAAUUAUGGAGCCCCAUCAACUGUUAGUGGUAGUUUUGGCGGUGGUGCUCCUUCCAACAGCUACGGGACCCCAUCAACUGGUGGUGGUAGUUUUGGCGGUGGUGCGCCGUCAAGUAGUUAUGGAUCGCCAUCAACUGGAGGAGGAUCUUUCGGAGGUGGAGCUCCUUCGUCGUCUUACGGAGCUCCAUCUUUUGGCGGUGGAAACUCAGGAGGUAGCUUCGGAGGUGGACCUCCCUCAGCAUCUUAUGGUACACCUAGUGGAGGUAAUGGUUUUGGAGGUGGAAGACCAUCAUCUAGUUACGGUGCACCAUCUACUGGUGGAGGAAGUUUUGGUGGUAGCAGUGGCUUCGGCGGUAGUGGAGGUAGUUUUGGAGGUGGUACUCCUUCAUCUUCAUACGGUCCUCCCAGUGGAGUUGGCAGGCCAUCCUCUAGCUACGGUUCUCCAUCACCUGGUGGUGGUAAUUUUGGUGGUGGUGGUAGACCAUCAUCGAGCUACGGUGCUCCAUCAAAUGGAUUUGGAGGUGGCAGACCAUCAUCAAGUUAUGGUGCUCCAUCUAAUGGAGGUGGUGGUGGUUUUGGUGGCGGCAGACCAUCUUCCAGCUAUGGUGCUCCACCCAGUGGAGGUAGUGGUGGUUUUGGUGGCGGCAGACCAUCUUCCAGCUAUGGCGCUCCAUCCAGUGGAGGUGGUGGUGGUUUUGGUGGUGGAAGACCAUCUUCCAGCUAUGGCGCUCCAUCCAGUGGAGGUGGUGGUGGUUUUGGUGGUGGAAGACCAUCUUCCAACUAUGGCGCUCCACCCAGUGGAGGUGGUGGUUUUGGUGGUGGCAGACCAUCAUCCAGCUAUGGAGCACCAUCAAAUGGAGGAGGAUUUGGAGGUGGGGCCCCAUCACCAUCUUAUAGUUCUCCAUCCACUGGAAGCUUUGGAAGUGGUGGAGGAUUUGGAGGAGGAGCACCUUCCUCAAGUUACGGUGCCCCAAGCUUUAGUGGCGGAUCCACCUCUGUUGGUCGACCAUCGUCUAGCUAUGGUGCUCCUAGCGGCACAGGUGGUGGAGGAGGCCAAGGUUAUGCCAGCAACGGAGGUUACCAAUAUUAAAUUUAAAAUUAAAUUAACUUCAAAGUUCAUGACUCAAAUGUUUGUCGACGACUUGCCUUCAACGGUCGAACAAAUUACUUCUCUUAUGAAGGAAUUUUGUAAGAAAUAUGAUUUACACUCGAUUUUUGUCGUUAAUGUAUUCUACCAUUAUAUCAUAGAAAUUAACAAGAAAAUUUUUUUAAUUUAUAUCUCGUAACUGAAUGAAGAAUUUUCAUAAAACGAUGUAUUUUUAAGUCUUCAUAGCUUAAAUUUUAGCACGUAUUAUGAAGAGUGCUAUGCUUUGU